UGUGGACUUUGCCACUCCAGAGAGAUCUGGGCGCUGACUUGUCUCCAUUGUAAACCUCAGUGACAGAGUUUGGCUGAUUCCUGUGUUCUCUCUACAAUGCAUGAAUGGGAGUCUUUAGAUUACGAGCCCUCACUCCCUGUUUCGGAGAAGUCAAACCCCCUGACGCAGGACAUUGACCGAGCUUCACCUAGUUGCCUAGUGAGAAUGUUGCAAAACUGUGACGCCGAGAUGUUUCGCAAAGAGACAACAAGCACUUACCAGACACUUUUUUGUGACGAAGUGGUGAAAUCCAUGUUGGAGGUGGCUAAGAUAGUGGAGCUCAUCCUCAAGGAGCCAAAGGACAGCCUUAUUGUCUUGAGUGGCUGCGGAACUUCAGGUCGCCUGGCUUUCCUCGUUGUGUCGGGGUUCAACAAAGCACUGAAGGAGAUGAACCACAGUGAGGUCUAUGCAUACAUCAUUGCUGGAGGUGACAAAGCACUGCUCUCCUCCCAAGAGGCCCCAGAAGAUGACCCACACCUGGGCAUGAGCUGUCUUAUGAAGGUGUGCAAGGGGAAGAAGAGGGUCUUGUUCAUCGGGAUCUCCUGUGGACUUUCUGCUCCAUUUGUGGCAGGUCAGUUGGAGUUCUGCUUGCGGCACCCGGAGGUUUUCACUCCUGUUUUAGUUGGUUUUAACCCGGCACAUCAGGCACGGAAUGAACCAAUACCAAACUGCACAUUCACUUUCCUCAGUGUGGUCCAAAGAAUGCAGGUGCUUGCCAAAAGUCGAAGGGCCUUUCUCAUCAACCCAUCAGUUGGGCCAGAGGCCAUUAGUGGUUCUUCCAGGAUGAAAGGAGGCAGUGCAACAAAAAUGCUCCUGGAGGUAUUCCUGUGUGCUGCUCAUGCUGCCGCUUUCUCUCACAUAACCACCACACACCAGGCUAUCAUAAAGCACCUGAAAGCCUAUGAGAAAACAGUUGAGGUCACAUAUGCUCAUAACACAGCCAUUGCUGGUUUGGUGGCUGCAGCUGGGAAGAGUUUACUCUCUAAGAAACGUGUGUGUUACCUGGGCUGGGGCAGCCUGGCUGUGCUGGGCCUCAUUGAUGCUAGUGAGUGUGAGCCAACAUUUGGAGCAGCCUUUGGCGAUAUUCAGGCGUUCAUAAGUGGAGGAUACAGAGCGCUCAACAACAAAGAUGGUUCCAUUUCUUUUCUGGGUCCCCAGUUUUGCAUUGCGCAUGAAGAGUUUUUGCUUCACGUCCUCCCCACGCUUGAUGACCAGGACACUGUCAUUCUCAUCUACACACAUACAGACAAUAUCAGUGAAGUGAUGAAUGUAGCCCACCGAGUGAGGGAAAAGAUGUCUAACCUCCAUGCUAUUUAUCACCAGACUGAUGGAUAUUACGCUGAUGUUCAAGAAGAAAUAAAACUAUUGUGUAAAUCCACUUUAACAUUUUCUUGGCAAUUACCGUCUUCUGGAAGUCUACAGCACAUGUGGGAGCUGUCCACCAAGUUGGUGCUGAACGCUGUGAGCACAGGCGCGCACAUCCUAAAGGGCAAGGUCUUUCACAACCACAUGAUCGACGUGCAAGUUACCAACAGCAAACUUUACCGCCGUGCUACACAUUUAAUCCAGAAAUUGUCUGGUCAUCCUGCGGCCAAGUGCGAGGAGGCUCUCCUGAAGGCUAUCUACCAGGUGGACCACCUGACUGAGGACAUUACCUCCUAUCCAGUGGCCACACAUUUUGCCACCGGCAAAGAAAGGACAAAGGUACUUCAGGCAAAACAAUGAGUACACAAGCAGCCCACUCUUCAGCUCAUCCACUUGAGCAUGGCCCGAGUCCUUGUUUCUAUGGAUUCACAGUCAUACUGAAUAACCAUGGUGACGGUAAGGCAUCAGUACUCAGUAACACACGUCGCGCUGCUGAUCCACAUCGCUGCUCACGCACACCCCAACUGAAUACAUAGCAUGUGAAUAUCUCACAAGUCAUUGAUUCCGUUAGUUCACCUAGAAGGAAGAAUCAUGCUGCUCAGACUCUAAAGCACUGAAAUCAUAAUCACAAUGAGAAAUAUUCAAUACACUUUUUAUGUUUAUAUUAGUCUAGCAUGAAACAGGAAAAAAAAAUACCGAUAAUAUAUGAUCCUGUCCUCAAAGUGAGAAAUAAUUAUUAAGGCUUCUAACUGUUUUAGACACACAGCAUCGAGUAAAUAACUAUUCGGCGAUGAAUGUCUUCCGAUCCGUUUAAAAUAAUGAGAUUACGUUUAUAAUCUUGAGUGCGUCAUAUUUUUAAAUUUAAGCUGCUAGUUAGGUAACUGUUCAGAUUUCAAAAACAAUUGUGGCAGUGAUAUAGAUAAAUAUUUAACAGAAUGUAUGCUAGAAGCAUAAAUACACACUAACCGUAGUAAGUGCAAUAUCAAUAACAAUAUCUGGAGGUCUGCAAAGUCAGCAAAUGAUUAAAUGCAAAACUUGGACAAAAAAAAAAAAAAAAUACUCAUGAAACAGUAAUUCUGCAUUCCUUAGAUAUACAACUUCCAAAUAUACAAAUAAUUAGUAUAUUUAAAGACUGUAGGCUAGAUUGUAGUUUCAAGUUUUAUGUCACUGUCCAAAUUCCAACAGCAGCGAGAUAAAGUGCAUCAAGUGUUCUGGUGAUUCCACUCGUUCUAAUCAGUCUGUGAAGAAGAGAAAAAAAACAAGAGUCGCAGACUCGAUACGCAAAGUGUCGUUUCAUGUUCAGUUUUUCAGACGGGGAUCUCAGUCUUCCAAGGACCCCAGCUGGGACUCCACUGAGGUCUUGGUGAACUGAUGAAGCAGAGCACCAUCUGCUGUUGCGCCUCCGUCCAUCCGCCCUGUCUCCUUCUGCUUUCCUGACUCAUCAGCGUCGGUGUCACGUGGACCUUUAGCGUCGGAGUCUUCAGCAUCGGCCUCCUCGUCCCCGGUCGCAUCGAUAUCACAGGUUGAACUAUGACUCUGCCAGUUAAAAAAAAAGGUGGUGACCCAACAAGUUGGACACCAAUAUUGCUCCAUCUCUAUAAAAGUUGAUUCAU